ACAAACAAUGGGCAAACGUCACGCCCAGAUAAAGCCGCCUGUUCAACUGUAUUGUUAAUCUCUUAUAUCUGAAGAUCUGAGAACUACAAUGACAUACUUACUUACUUGUCGAUCGUAAAAAUAGCUCUUCAAGGUAUUAACUAGGUAUUAACUUGAUAAAAGAAAAAGUAUUUAUUUCGGUCGACUCGGAAAUGGGUAAGAAAUGUUAUAUCAAGUGCGUCGAAGACUCGCACGAUCCAAUACUUUUGCCGGAUGGAAAAGAGGUUCCUAUUGGCAGAGCUCCUGAAACCAAAAUACAGAAUAAAAGAUGCUCCAGGAAACAAGUGUCCUUUACUGCAAACUACAAAGAGAACACGGUCCUCGCGAAGCAACUUGGUGAUAAUCCAAGUAUCCUGGAAGGAGGGAUCCAACUCUUCAAAGGGGAAACUAGAUUAUUGUGUCACGAGGACUCGAUCGAAUUAAUAGAAGGAUUCUUCAAGCACAGAAUUGUCUUUGAACCACCCCCUAUGAAAAGAGCUGCAGCCCAAGGAGCAACACCGGAUGAAGUUGAUGCUACCCAACCAAAAAAAGCAAGAAUGGAAUCUUUGAUGAGAAACGGCUUAUCUGGCGGAAAAUGGGAAACCGUGGAUCAGGGAAAAAUGUUGGUCUUCUCUCCUCACGGCAUGAAUCAUUCAAGCAAAGUGGCCAGCUACGAUUUGGAUUGGACUUUAAUUGGAACAAAGUCCGGCCGAGUGUAUCCAAGAGACGCUGAUGACUGGCAGAUUCUCUUGCCUGAAAUUCCUGGCAAGCUGAAGAAAUUCCAUGCUGAUGGGUACAAGCUCGUUAUUUUUUCAAAUCAGGCUGGAAUUGGGACCCAUAGAAUAGUUAUCUCUGAAUUCCAACGAAAGGUGGAAAAUAUUGCAAGGAAAUUGGGUGUGCCAAUACAAGCAUUCAUUUCAACUGGCACCAGCAUCUAUCGCAAGCCACUUACUGGAAUGUGGAAGUACUUGUCUGAGCAGAAUGAUGGAGUCCCCAUCAGUAUAUCUGAUAGCUUUUAUUGCGGCGAUGCAGCUGGCAGACCUGAAAAAUGGGCUCCCAAGAAAAAGAAGGACUUCUCAUGCUCCGACAGACUGUUUGCGAUGAACAUUGGAAUUGAAUUUUUCACUCCCGAGGAGCAUUUUCAAGGCCAAACAGCGGCGCCUUUUUCGCUCCCAAACUUCCAGCCGUUGCAAUUAUCUGCGAACGAUCCCCUCGUGGAUCCACCAACAGCAAAGCUAGAAGUGUCCGAGCCUGAACUAGUAGUCAUGGUUGGUGGCCCGGGAUCUGGAAAAAGCACUUUUGCUCGUCAGCAUCUGUCGUCAUACACCUAUGUGAAUAUGGACCAGCUCAAGUCGGUGCAAAAGUGUAUCCAGGAAGUUAAAAAGACAUUGGACAGAAGGGCAAGCGUUGUAGUCGACAACACGAAUCCAGACAAAAAGGCGAGAGCAAGGUUUUUAGCCAUCGCUAAGCAAACUGGAGUUAAGAGCCGAUGCUUCAAAAUGCUCACAUCCAAGGAGCAUUGCAGGCAUAACAUCAGGUUUCGAGAGUUAACUGAUUCCAGCCACGCGCCCAUCAGUGAAAUGAUCGUCAGACAGUACGAGAAAAACUAUGAAGAGCCAGCCUUGGACGAAGGAUUUGUGGAAAUCAUUGGCGUCAACUUUGUCCCGAGAUUUGAAAUCAAGGAGCACGAAAAGUUGUACAACCAGUUCCUGCCCUAAUGAAUUCUGGAUAGUUGACCGUGGAAAUUAAACAUUACGUUUUAUUG